UCAAGUUUUUGUCAAAACCGGUUGCCGGCUGACUGUAGUGAAGUGUGCGUUUGGUUUCAUCGCAUCGUCGUUUUCAGUUUGGUUCGCCCUGCUCGAGUUCAAUCAUGAGUUCUUACGAUUCCCUGGAGGCUGGCGGGAUGCCAUCUUUCUCGAGCUUCGAUGAGAAAAGUGUGCGUCUUGGUUUCAUCAGGAAGGUAUAUGCGAUUCUCUUUGUGCAACUUGCCGUGACAUUUGGAUUCGUGAUCCUCUUCUCCUAUGUAGACUCUAUCCAACAGUACUGUGAGGCCAAUGCUUGGAUGUGGGGCCUUGCACUGGGCUUGCAGAUUGCUACUCUUAUUGCACUGGCUUGUUGUGGACAGCUCAGACGGAAACACCCACAUAAUAUCAUCCUCCUGGGAGUGUUUACCUUGGCUGAAUCUUUUCUUCUCGGAACGUUUGCUGCUCACUUUCGGAGGGAAUCUGUCGUGUCAGCUGUCGCCAUCACUGCUCUCGUUGUACUAGCCGUCUCCCUGUUUGCCUGCCAGACAAAAUAUGACUUCACGACAUGCGGUGGCUUCCUGUUUGUCUCCCUCUUCGUACUGAUCGGCUUUGGCUUCAUGACGAUCUUCUUCCACAGCAAUCUACUGAAUAUUUUGUACGGAGCUCUGGGUGCUCUGCUCUUUACAAUGUUCCUGGCCUAUGACACACAGCUGCUGAUGGGUGGCAGGACGGUAGAGCUCAGUCCGGAGGAGUACAUCUUUGCAGCACUCAACCUCUACAUUGACAUUGUGCAGAUCUUCAUCUAUAUCCUGGCCUUGUUCGGUGACUCAUAAGCAACGUGCCACAACAUCACUUUCCCAAGGUACGCCCUCACACACAGGGUUGGUAGCAAAUGAAUGCGCUACCCACAAGUCAACAAUGGCUUGCAGUACUUUAUGAAGCCACAACUGUGUUGCAUUGAAUGAAAUAUUCCAGGUACAGAUUUUAUCAUCAGUGUAACUUCUAGUGCAUAGUUUAUUAUGAAAUUUUCACUUCGUUGAGUUGUAGGGGAUGAUUUUCCUGAACAUUUUUUGUACAAUGUCAAACCUGCACUGCCUGGCUUUUGCAUGCUGUCGCUUGCUUUAUUUUUUAGGUGUGUGUGUGGGUGGGUGUGGGUGGGUGUGGUGUGGGUGGUGUGGGUGUGUGUGGGUGUGUGUGUGUGUGCUUUCUUGCAUGCACACAUGUGUAUGUUUGGAUUUGUGAAGUAAUAAUCAUUUAUAGCAUGCAAUCAUUAUGCUGAUGCAUGAAGGCCAAUCGGUGUACAGCCAGUGGCUCCUUGCAGCCGCCUUCUCAUCAACUACCACAGUGCAUGCACUGGUACAUGUCUAGGUAGCAGUGUGUCGCAUAUAUCUUCAUGAUGGAAGUGAGGCAGCGGUGAUAUAAUUGCUCCUGUAGUGAUGACACCGCGUCCGCUAUGCACAUGUGUGUGUACAUUGAUUUGGUUAUUCGCGUGCUGGACAAUGUGUCUACUGCUUCCAGGGAGUAGUCCCUAUAGUACAGCUGUAUGCUCUUCUGCCGUGCUGUUUGACUUAUCUUUUUUCUGCGCCUCGUUGUUGUGUGUGUGUGUGUGUUCUUGAUUGCCCUGCUUCCACCCACCAUAAUGAAGUUAUGCAGCUUGCUACAUUUUUUAUUCUUCGUUCCUGCUCAGAUUUUAUAGCCUUUCUGAAAGUGCCAGUAUGAACCGGGUUUUAAUAUAACUUAGAAGAGAUACGUAACGUUAUUUCAACUUGUUUGUGCUUUACGGCUUCCAGGUGCAAACUAACCAUAUUGUACAAGCUUUCAUGAAUUCUUGCAGAUA